CAGUUAACCACCACAAGAGCGAAUUGAAGCGUUGUCUGUGGAAUUGUUGUUUUGUUUGUUCUUUUUUGCAUUUUUUUCUUAUAAUAUUAAGUGUAUCUUGUCAUGGCAUUAACGUCUGCUGCUCCAUAUUUGGCUUUGCUACAGGAGGAUGAUCCAACCUUAAAAUCUUACUCAUUGACUUCACUAAAUGGCAUUGUUGAUCAAUUAUGGCCUGAGAUUUCCAACAACUUGGCUGAAAUCGAGGAACUAUACGAAGAUGAGUCCUUCAAAGAUAGAGAACUAGCUGCUUUGAUAGCCUCCAAAGUUUACUACAAUUUGGAUGUAUAUGACUUGGCUGUCAAAUAUGCCUUGGUCGCUGGUGGCAAGUUUGAUAUUACUGAAAAGUCAGAAUUUGCUGAAACUAUAAUCUCCAAGGCUGUUGAAACCUACAUUAAAUUAUCUCAAAAGGCUUUCACUUAUCCUGAGAAAUCGAUUUCAAUCGAUAAAAAUUUAAUUAAAAUUGUCGAAAAGAUGACUGAAAAUUGUUGUGCUAAAAAUGAAUGGAAGUUGGCCUUGGGUAUUGCUCUAGAAAGUUAUAGAUACGAUGUUAUAGAGUCAAUUAUUUCUAAACAAUUUGACGCUGCAAAUGAGGAAGCAGCUUUAUCCUUAAUCAAUUACGUUGUCUCCACAUGUUCAAGCACAAUCAUUGACAAUAAACUCUUUAGAUUUCAUGUUUUACGAAACAUAUUACAUUAUGCCUUGAACAAAGAUAUUAACGAUUACGUUUUAUUUUCAAAACUCAUUAUCCAACUAAAUGAUUAUCAAUUGGCUAUCAACAUCAUCUACUCUUUACUACUUAAAAAGGAAAAAAGCAAAAAUUUGGUUGCUUAUCAAAUUGCUUUUGAUUUAGUUCAAUCAGCUUCUCAACAGUUACUAGAUGGCGCAAUUGAAUCUAUAAACGAGCAUCCAGAUCAAGAAUUUCAAAAAAUUAAAAAAAUUUUAACCGGUGUUCCAACUUGUGAUUUCAAUAUUACCUUUUUGUAUAAAAAUGACCAUACUGACAAUAAAAUUUUGGAUAAAUCAAAGGCAGUUUUAGAUGGAAAAAGUUCAAUCUAUCACAAUGCUUUAACGUUUCAAAACGCAUUCAUGCAUUGUGGUACAACUAACGAUCAGUUUAUUAGAAAUAAUUUGGAUUGGUUGGCAAAAGCAAGAAAUUGGUCAAAAUUUUCUGCUGCUGCUGCUUUAGGAGUUAUUCACAAAGGUAAUCUAUCUCAGGGUAAAACCAUAUUAGAGCCUUAUUUACCAGAAAAAGGCGGUUCUGCUUACUCUCAAGGUGGUUCUCUUUAUGGUUUAGGUCUUGUCUUUGCAGGCCAUGGUCGAGAAAUUCUUAAUUAUAUUAGAAAACAUAUUGUUUCUGGUGCAAACUCAAACGAAGAAGAUGUUGUUUCUCAUGGUGCAUGUUUAGGUGUCGGUGUUGCUGGCAUGGCUAGUAGUAAUCUCAUUACUUAUGAUAGAUUGAAAAAUGUUUUAUUUUCAGAAUCCGCUACAUCUGGUGAAGCUGCUGCUAUAUCAAUGGGUUUAGUGAUGUUAGGAUCUGGAGAUCCCGAAUCUUUGACUGAAAUGCUUGAAUAUGCUGAACAAACACAACAUGAAAACAUUGUUAGAGGGUUGGCUAUGGGAAUUGCUCUUUUGAACUACGGAAGAGAAAUAGAAGCAGAUAAAAUAAUAGAUACAUUACUUGAUCAUCAAAACUAUCAUUUACGUUAUGGUGGUGCUUUUACAAUUGCAUUAGCAUAUUGUGGAACUGGCUCAAAUAGUGCUGUCAAAAAACUUUUACAUGUUGCUGUUUCCGAUUCUAGUGAUGACGUUAGAAGAGCUUCCGUCAUUGCUUUGGGCUUUGUUUUAUUAAGAGAAUAUACCACAGUACCAACAAUUGUUGAAUUGUUAUCCGAAUCUCACAAUCCUCAUGUCCGUUACGGUACUGCAAUGGCUUUAGGCAUUUCAUGUGCUGGAAGGGGUUAUGCUCCAGCUAUUGAGGUUUUAGAACCUUUAUCAAAGGAUCCUGUGGAUUUUGUUCGUCAAGGUGCUUUAAUUGCAAUGUCUAUGAUUUUAAUUCAACAAAAUGAAAAAACUUUCCCUAAAGUUAAAGAAAUUAAAGAACUUUUUUCAACUUAUUUAUCAAAUAAACAAAUGAGUAUUGUUAGAUUUGGUUCUGCCAUUGCUCAUGGUAUUAUUGAUGCUGGUGGUCAAAAUGUUACUAUCCAAUUGGAAAAUAAUCAAACUGGAACUUUGAAUAUGAAAGCAAUUGUUGGUUUAGCUGUAUUUGUUCAAUAUUGGUACUGGUUCCCGCUAACUCAUUUCCUUUCUUUAUCAUUUCAACCAACUUCAAUUAUUGGCGUUAGAGAAGAUUUGAAAAUACCCAAGUUUGAAAUAAACUGUCACACAAAACAGGAGAUCUUUGAUUAUCCUCCAGCUUUCCAAGAGAAAACUGGAAAAGUUUUAGAAAAAGUUGAAAAAGCAGUUCUUUCAACCACUGUAAAAGCUAAUGUUAGAGCAAAAUUAAAUAAAGCCAAAAAGGAAAGAGAAGGUGACAAAAAAGAAAAAGAUAUUGAAUUGAAAGAAAAAGAAACUGCCAAAAAGGAAAUUUUGGUUGAAAAAAUGGAUAUAGAUGAUGAAAAAGUAAAACUACCAACCAAAGAUGGAACAGAACAACUAGAAACAGAUAUAACAUCAUCUGAAGAUGAACAAAUAACCACAGUUCGUUUUACUAAGGAUGCUUAUAAAAUUCAAAAUAUGACAAGGGUGUUACCUCAACAGUUGAAAUAUAUUUCAUUUGACAAAGAAGGUAGAUUUGUUCCAAUUAGAAAGUUUAGAGGAAAUGAUGGUGUUGUUAUUUUGGUCGAUAAACAACCAGGUGAAAAAUGCCAAUUUAACAGAACCGUGAGACAAAUUUAUGACACUGAAGCCCCAAUUCCUGAACCUUUUAUAUUGUCUAAAGAAGAUAUGUUGGUUGAAUCAGAUUGAACGUAAAAUUUGACUAUAAAUAAACGUAAAUUCUAUAUAUGUAUAGGUUUUUAUCACAAUAGAACAAAAUUUUAAUUGUAUGACCUGUCAUUGAAAAAAAGCCAGUAAUUAUAAUGUUCUGUAAUAUAAAAUCAUUGUUACAUUUUUUCUCCACUGCCUAUAGUUAGCAAUUCUUUC